AUGCCCUCCACAACGCUCCCCACACCCACGCCCGAUGAACUCGACGACCUCAUCUACUUGACCCGCACCGGCGACCUGGCAAGCUUGAUGUCGCUAGUGACGCAGCUCUGCACCACGCACAACUGCCCACCCUCGAUCCUGCUCGCCUCGUCUAUCGACAUCGACGCCGACGGUCUGGGAUCGCAGUCCUCGCUGCUCCAUUACCCCGCUGCGAACGGCAACCUCGAGAUCAUCACGCACCUGCUGUCGCUGCUUACGCCGUCCGAUUCGCUCGGCGCGAGUCCUUCUGCGACGACGGCCGACAAAUCCGCCCCCUCGCUCGUGAACCACAGGAAUGUGUCGGGAAACACGCCCUUGCAUUGGGCUGCGAUGAACGGGCACCUGGAUGUGGUUCAGGCGCUGGUCAAGGCCGGAGCGGAUCCGACCAUCGUCAAUGAAGCAGGCAGAGAUGCCGUGGUGGAAGCGGAGAUGAGUUCCAAGGACGGUGCAAAGGAAUGUGCCGAGUGGAUGUUGAGGCACUGCGAGGGCUUGGAAAAAGGCGUGGGUGAUGACGGGAUUGGGGAAGGGGCCAGUGGCAAUCGCAAGGUGGAAGAAGAGACGAAAGAGGAGGGUCAGAACCCCGAGAGCAUCGGCUUUGAUGAAGGCGGGCGAGCAGGCUGA